CUGAAUCUCAGAAUGGUCACUGUUUGUUGUGUAUUGCCUAUAGCAAAGGGGUGGAACUGGUUAUGCAAAAUAAAAGGUUUGUCUCACACACACACCUCUCGUCCAACGCACUUGCCCUUCGAGUUUGUCAUGGCAAAGCAGUGCUUGACAAUGCCACUGAAAUUCUAGUAACAGCAGAAACAAAACAUGAAGCAAGACAGCGAAGAACGAUGUCUAGUGCAAGUGCAAUCAAAUGGAGGAAGCAGAUCUCUUCGUCUGUUUGUCAUGUUCACCAUUGUGCUGAUCCUGUUCCUGUGUUACUACAUCCCCACCUAUGAAAAUUCGAAAAGCUGGAUGCCAAACAUUGGAUUAUUUCAUCCAAAGACUUUCAUCAAUAAGACAACCAACGCUCCGCUGACUACAGCAUCAGCAGGGACUUCUGCUAAACCGUGGAAGCCUCCAGAACCUUAUUGUGUGGCUUACCCAAACGAGUAUAAUUUCAUCAUCAAUGAGCCACAGAAGUGCCAGAAGGAAAAUGUUUUUGUAAUAUUGAUUAUACCAGUAGCUCCAAGUGAUACGGCUGCUCGGGAGGCCAUCCGUUCAACGUGGGGUUCAGAGAGGUUAGUAGGGGACAAAAUAGUGAGCUUGUUAUUUCUGUUAGGUCUGCCCACGUCACAAGACAGCGAAAAGCUUCAAGCAGAUCUGUUGAAGGAAAGCGAGAAGUAUCAUGACCUUUUACAAAGUGAUUUCUGGGACAGUUACUUCAAUCUCACCAUCAAGACAAUAGUAAUGCUAGAAUGGCUGUCUGCUAAUUGUCAGAACGCGUCCUACGCAAUGAAAGUCGACUCGGAUAUAUUUCUCAAUGUGAAAAACUUGGUGAAUUUGCUUCUGUCAGCACCAAAGCAGAACUAUAUGUCUGGACUUGUGGCCAGGGGUGCAAUGGUAUUGAGAAACCCCGAAUCGAAAUGGUACCUACCAGAAACGGUUUAUGCCCGGGCUCAAUAUCCACCCUACGCACUUGGCUUAGGAUAUGUGUUCUCUCUUGACCUGACAGUCAAACUCGUUGAAGCAGCCCAACUUGUCAAACCGGUUUACAUAGAGGAUGUUUUUUUAGGUCUGUGCAUGGAGCAUUUAGGUAUCCCUCUGACUGAUCCACCUGAUGGAAGCCUAUUCAAUGUCUUCCCUGUUGAUUAUAACCGCUGUCGCUAUUCGAAACUCAUCGCCACAACGACACGAAGCUUGACAAACCAAGUUGAGUUUUGGAGGAAUUUACAGACACCUGGUCCGUAUUGCUAACAACAAAAAGCUGAAUUUGUGUAAUGGUCACACGAUUAAAUGGAACAGCCAAAUAAACUAUUUAAGACCAAGAUGAAGUAAAAAGGAUUUAAAUCAUUUUAAAAAAGAAAGUAAAUAACUGGACUAACAAAAGUUAUUUUUUUACUGUGCUGUUACACAUUUAUUUGUAUAUAAUAAACUGUUAAUGCAUGUCCGUUUUAGUAAAAGACAUUUUUCAGUGUUUUGGCAUAAACAAUAGCUCAUUGUUUCUGCACGUUAUUUCCGAAUCAAGGUCAGCUCUUCAAAAAAAUUUUUAAAAAAUCAAUAUGCAAAGAAGAGGCCAUAGAAAGGCUAAGAUAUUUGUUAAACAAAAUUUAUUGCUAUGGUUUUGAAAAGAAAGUGAUGGUAUUUAUAAAGCUUUCAAUGGCUGUAGUCUUUAAACCGUGUGUUAAAGGGAUAGUUUACCCAAAAGUGAAAA